CAGAUACUGGUCGUGGUGUUAAAUAUGCGCAUGCGCAGCUCAUGUGAUUCUCCGCGCGGUACAGACAUUGAAUUUAGAACGCAAACAAAGAAUACCGGAAGGAUUUUUUCUGUGAACUUACCAAAAUCUAAGUGAACACAAUGGAAGAGGACUUCAGCCAGUCGCUCACCCCGCCCGUGUCACCGUUUACAGGGGACAGCCAAUGUGAGCUGACUCCUUCCCAGCCACCUUGUUUCAACUGCACUUCUGAAUCGGGUAGGGAGGACACCCGUCCACUGUCAUCAGACGGUUACAUCGGCAGGGGCUCCCUGAAACGACUUUUACUGCGUCUGGACCCAGCCCCAGCUGACUUUGAGGGUGACACCGUGGACAUCUUUGGCUUCUCCUGGGUGACAGAGACUGCCCUGGUUGAAUCUAUCAAGCUUGUGUUUGGCCUGUUCAGGCAAAAGCUUCUGAAACUGGAGAUGCUGGUCCAGUCCUGCUCCCAUGACUUUGGCCAAGCCAGCAGCCUUCAUUAUGAGUCAGAAGACCUGAGGCACCAGUGUGUGCUGUUUCUUCAAUAUGUCAAAGUCUUUGUACAUAGGUACCUGGAGCCCAUUUGUCCCUCGGAAGAGGGAUCCCGUCACCCUUACGAAGAGCUGGAGGCUCAGCUACCCUCUGCUCUGCUGGAGGAGCUGUUCGGAGUCACCCUCUUAAUAGGGCGUCUCAAAGACAUCCCAGCCAACAUCCAAAAUACGUUUAUCAUGCAACACCAGGGAAAGCUCUUUCCUCCUUCCUGGCAUUUAUUACAUCUCCACCUGGACAUUCAUUGGUCAGUUCUUGAGAUUCUCCACCUGCUGGGCCAGAAGAUGCAUGGUCAGGUGGUGUACGCCCACCAGUUUGUAAAUCUGACAGGGGAGAACCUGACCAACAACAGCUUGUUUGAGGAGAACCUAUGCAACCUGCUCUCCGACCUCACUGGUCUGGCCAUGGUGAAGUACAACAAGGUGAGGCCAACGGAGGCCUUGACCAGCCAUCACUAUCAUUGCACCUGCACAAAAGAGCUUUGGAUACUGCUCAUACACCUACUGGAACACAGGAGCAAAGUUCUACACACACAGUCAUUCUGGACUUACAUAAACACGCUGCUGCGGCCUCUGACCGUCCGGCCUUUAGUGGAGCAAUCCAGUGGGCUCGCCACUCACUGUAAAGACCUCAUGGGCUUCACUUGGUGGUUGGUCACUCACCUGGCCAUGCUGGGAGAAUACAACCACAACGGGGCACUUCAAAAUGAGAAAAAGCUGGAGGACAACUGGAGUUUUGUCAGAGAGCUGCUCAGGUCUACUUGUGACCCCAAAGGAGGGCUGCAAGAGGAACAGAUCAGAAUGCAUGUCCACUGCUGCCUGACCCUGUGUCUGCUAUGGGAACCCAACACAGCCACAGUGACCACACUCUGGGAGUAUUACAGCAAAAACUUGAGUGGUUCUUUCACAGUGCCUUGGUUAGGGAUUUCGGGACUGGGCAGCAUGUGCAAGACCCCCAUGGCAUUGUUUGAGAAGGCCCAGAGCUGCUGCUCACCGUUCCCCCUCGGAUCUCCCGGCCACACCCAGCUGUACCGCUCGGCCAACUCUUUCCACAUAUUUCUCCGGGUGCUGGCCCUCUACCUGGCCCAGGACAAUGCUGGCAGCGCCCCCUGGAGGCAGAUCAAGGGCCGAGUGUACUCCAAGUUUCACCAGCGUCGAAUGCAGGAACUUUCUGAGGCAGGCUUAAUGAAUUUCCUGCUGCUGUUUGUGGUGUUGGCCCGGCAGGCAGAGCUGGAGGACGUGGCCAGUCGGGUCUGUGACCUGCUGGGCCUGCUGCCCCCGGACUCUCCCCCUGCCCAGAGGAGCUUGGUAUGGAGGGGCCAGCUGGCUCUCAUACUCCUCUUUCAGGAGAGGGGCCUGGACGUCGGGGCCCAGGCUAGCUGGCUGGCCGCCUCCUUCUCCAAGACGGCCAGAGAAUUCUACCUGAAGACCACGGAACCGUCACGCCGCCUGGCCCUCUGGGGCCCACUGGGGGCCUAUCUGGAGGGCGUGGCAGAGGUGUUUGAGUCGAGCCCUGGUUUGGGCCUGUCAGAGGAGAAGCUGCUCAACGAAGGUUUUAGCCUGCUGCUGCCCGCCUGCCGCCAGUCGGAGCUGAGCUCCGCCCUGGGCUUUCUGCAGAUCAUGCUGAGGGAAUUAAGGAGGGUCUAUCAGCACAGUGUCCAGCGUGGCGGUUCAGCUGUCCCCCCCGAUGUCCGGCUUCAUCCACCCAGCACCAGUGCGGCUAAAGAGCGCCCCCUGGCGAUCGCAGCACCUCUCUGGGCUCACUUUUUCCCCUUCCUCCACAGCCUGCGCCUCUCCAACACCCCCACUGCCCAGCUGGCCGACGCUGCCGCAGGGUUCACGCUGCUGGCCUUUGACCUGCCGAGCUCAGCCCCCCAGGACCUCCAGCCCAACCCUGCCCGGUCCGUCAUGCAGUGUUUCGGCUGGGACGACAUGCUGCAUCCACUGCUGGUGACCCGCUACUUGCCCCACCUGCUCCAGAACAGCGAACUGGUGUCGUCUGUGAGUUCUGGCUGCGGAGGUGGCGUGUCGGGCCCGUCCCAGGCUCUGUAUGUGAGGGCUUGGUUCCGCUGUGUUCUUCAGCAGCACAUCCACAAGAACCCAGAUGGCACCGAAAGUAGAGCAGGUAAGGCUCUGGAGGAGCAGUUGUCAGAGCUCACAAGGCUGGUUUUGAGGCUCCCUGAGGUGGACUCCCUACUGCAGAGGGCUGGGCUGCAGUCUGGAGCUGGCAGCAAGCUAGAGCCCAGGCCUGCACUGGAGAUUUUCAUCAAGGCGGUAGGCCGUGUGUACAGUAGGCUGCAGAUCUUAUCUGAGCGUACUGAAAUGGCAGCCCGGGCCCUGGACUACACAGGGGACAUCAUGAAGUACAUCAAACCCUACCUGGUCAACAAGUCUCCUCAGGAGGGUCUCCUGAUGGCCUACUGGGCUGUGGGGUGUUUGGUGAAGCACUGGAGCCCCCUGCUGGCCACCUCCAAGGCCCAGCAGCUGCUUUUCAACAUUGUGAACACGCUGCUCCUCCCUAACUCUCUGUCUGGCCUGGAUAAGGCCCUAAGGGACAGCCUGCCCCUCUACCUUCAGGGUCUGUCCAUCGCAGCCAGCAUGUCUCAGUCUCAGGGGAUCUACUUGAAGAAGCAACUCCGUGAUGUCAUUUCCAAGUACCUGGACCACUUCCUUCCGGCUACUCUCUCCAUCGGGGCCGUAGCCAAUCACCCGGUGCUGCUGGCGGCCUGCGAGGCCACACCCACACCACGGGGUGGCGCACUGAGGAGGAGCAUCCUGCAGGUGAUCAGUGACAACUUCCUGCAGUUCAAAGGUCACGCCCCUCCUCCCCGCCUGACCACAGUCCUGGCCUUCCUAUUGGAGCUCCUGAGGCGUAACAUUGACAGUGACCCCGCUCUGCUCACUAUGCCCCUCCACUCUCUGCUGCGCUGCUUGAUGCUGGUCAAUGAGCCUCAAGUGAGAAAGACUAGCACCGAGGCCCUGAAGCUGGUGGUGGAAAGAUGCUCGCCCUCCACCCGCGAAGCACCCUGUGACCAGAUCAUCACUGUUCUACGGUCCUUUGUGGAGGAGAAUGAGGGCGUUUACGACAGACAGGUGUACAGUGUUCUCGAGACCCUUGCCCUCCUGGACCAACGUGUGGUUCUGGUGCUCAUCCCUAUUCUGUCGCUAAGUCUGCGGAACACCGAACACAAGAGAGGACUGGGCAAGAACACUACGCUGAGGAAUGCAUACAGGAAGUUGUUGACCCUGCUGGGAGAUGACGGUCAGGCGGAGAUUAGCAGUUUGGAGGAGGACUGACCCCUGACUCUGAGAGCAAGUCAUCUCAUGACUAUGCCGCAGACCCCAAUCACCUGGGUUUCAAAUCCAUGCAUAUGUACAUAAUGUAUAGACAUUGUUCAAUGUAUACAAUAUCAAGUUUCCAUCUUUGUAGAAAACGCAUGAAAAUAAUAUAGAAAAAAGUUAAAUAUUAAAGGUGUAAUGAUGUGUUGUCUCUUCUUUUUGCAGGCAUGGAAUAAGAGUAGAGUUUGUCAAGGACAUACACUGCAUGAAAAAGUAUUUGCCCCUUCUUGAUUUCCUGUAUUAUUACAUACGUUAAACUGAAAUGGUUUCAGAGCUUCAUACAAAAUGCUAUAUAAAGGACCAGAGUAAACUAAAUUCAGUGAUAAUUGUAUAUUUUUUAAGAAGAAAAGUUACCACCACAAACUGGCCCUGUGUGAAAUGAUUGCUGCCUCUUUUCCUCAGUCAAACCAUCAAACAAAUUUAACUGAUCAGUAGAUUCACUUAGAGCAGACACUGCCAGCCCUGUUCACUCAAGAAAUUAAUUGUAUAGAACCUUACCAUUAAUGUGAACUAAGCUACAAGGUCUCAACUAGCAGUACAACAAUACUAUAAUUCCUGAAGAAAUUAGAAAAAUAUUAUUACAAGGCUGCAGCAAUGACUCAUCCAAAGAACUCAAAAAUCCCUGGGGGAACUAGGAAGGUCUCUAUACUCAGCUAAGGAACGUUCAAGAUUCGAAAAUAAGGGACUGCACAAAAAUUGAAUUCAUGGUAGAAUUGCAAAACCCCUCGUAGCUAACAAAAACAUUAGUGCACAUCUCACAUUGCAAAAAAUACACUGAUGACCCCCAAGCUGGGGUAAUGUUCUGUGAACUUUUCGUAAGACAGGUCCAGUAAUGUCUGACGUACAGCAAACAGCAUUUCACAAUAAGAAUGUGAUGGUGUGAGGACUUGGCAUCAUUGAAGGAACUGCUCUUUACCAGAAAAUUCUGAAAGCACAUGUCUGGUCACCAUUCCUUGAUCUGAAGCUGAAGCAUAAUUGGGUUAUGCAGUAGGAUGUCCUACUGCAAAAGAGACAAUAUAAAGGUUUUGAAGUGGCAUAGUCAAAGUCUUGACUUGAACGCCAUUGAGAUGCUGUAGCAGGAACUUAAAUGAGCAGUUCAUGCUUGAAAACCCCCCAAUUUUGCUGGAUUGUAUACAACAAUUAUAGGAAGCAUUUGGCUGCUGUUAUUGCUGGUAAAGAUGGCGCAAGCAGUUAAGUUCAAGGAGGCUAUCACUUUCAUUCAGGGUCAGUUGUUGUUGGAUAACUGUUCUCUUUAAAUAGUUAUCACACUGAUUAGUUUACUUGUUUUCUCCACCAUUGUGAAAAAUAUGCAAUAAUAGAGGAAAUCUGGAAGGGGGCAGAUAUAUUUUCACGACACUAUAUAAAUACAAACCCGAUUCCAAAACAUUUUGGACACUGUACAAUUGUGAAUAAAAACAGAAUGCAAUGAU